AUGUCUCGACGCGCGACACCGGGCCAGGCUGCCCAAAACCAGCAGACCAUUAAGGCUCUGUUGAAAUUAGAGACCAACAAGAUCUGUGCUGACUGCAAGCGCAACAAGCACCCUCGAUGGGCAUCAUGGAAUCUGGGUAUCUUUAUUUGUAUUCGGUGCUCGGGAAUCCACCGUGGAAUGGGUACACACAUUAGUCGAGUCAAGUCUGUGGACCUCGACGCCUGGACCGACGAACAACUUCAGAGUGUGAUUAAAUGGGGCAAUAGCAAAGCCAAUAAGUAUUGGGAAGCUAAGCUAGCACCUGGCCAUGUGCCAUCUGAUGCUAAGAUCGAAAACUUCAUUCGCACCAAGUAUGAGUCUAAGCGCUGGGUGAUGGAUGGUCCUAUGCCGGAUCCCUCAACUCUCGGAGAUGAUGACGAUGUCCCACUUGCUGUCGUACAGGAAAAAGCGAAGAUUGAACGCUCUGCCUCCCAAAGAGCCGCCCCUAGUCAGUCUCCCGUCCGGCGACCACAGCCUUCGAUUGACCUAUUCGGCGAUGAUAUCUCUCCUCCUGUGCGCCCUAGUACCACCGAGCCUGCUAGUCGCGCGCCGCCAAAGCCCUCCCAGCUUAUUCAACAACCCAAGGCACAGAAGCCAGGUGAUUCUUUACUUGGUCUCGAUUUCUUUGGCAGCACCCAGCCAACUGCCGCAAGUCGCCCGGCGAGCACUUCUUCCACACCUGCCGCUCCCAGUGGCAUGUCCCGUCCAGAUCUGAAACAGUCGAUCUUAUCCCUCUACUCGAAGCCCCAGCCUGCCCCAGUGCAGCAUGAGCGCAAUAAUUCUUUUGGAGACAUGGCUGCUCCGGCAGUCCACUCUGCAUCUUCGAACAUGGGUGGUUUGACAGACGCUUUCAGCGGACUGAGCUUCCCCACCACUACUUCCCCUCCCCUGCCCAAGCCGGCUGAGAAGCCGUCUCCUUUCGCCAAUCUCACCAGUUUCUCGACCACCAAGUCAACUCCUGCGGCUCCCAAGGUGACUUCGCCGUCGGGUUCAGCUAGUGGCGGCUUUUUUGAUAGCCUGACCUCCCCCCACUUUUCACGAAAUACUUCUUUCUCGAACUCCCAAGACUUCGGUUUCGGUGGAUUUACUUCUCCGCCGCCACCCAAGCCUUCAAAGCCCAACCCCCCGUCGUCAGCUUUCUCUAACGAUCUCUUCGACCUCUCUUCCCCAUCUAUGACCUCGGCCGCACCCCCGAAGCCCAGAGUCACCUCUCCGCAACAAGACAUGAGCUCUGCAUUUAAUCUCUCCAGCCCAUCUUUCCAGUCUCACGCACCUCCAAAGCCCCAGGCGCCCGCUGCCACCAUUGCUGCCGCCGGUAUUAUGGAUCCCUGGGGUGGAAAUGCCUGGAGCACUCCUGAUCCCGCCCCAGCACAUGUCCCAGCUCCCGCCACUCCUGCCGCUUCCAUGAUGAAGGUCCCCGAUACCUUGACCGCUAAUGACUUCGGAGGCGGCUGGAGUGCUCCCAGUGCGGCAUCCAAGCCAGCCCCUGCUGUGGCUGAGGAUGAAGACUUUGGAGGCUGGACAAGUGCUGCGCCCGUUUCUUCCGGACCUACUAUUACCUCGAACAACUCAACCAAGCCGGCAGGCGGGUUUGGUGGAUCUGACGACCUAUUCUCCAAUGUGUGGGAGUAA